AAAAAAAACUCAAUGUUUACCGUUGCCAUGGUUAUCAAACACCGAUCAGAAAAUUGAAAGCUAUCAUCAGGAAACAGAGUGACAUAAAACGUAUUUAACGUACUAAUAUUUUUGUAAGUAAAGGAAUUUAUAAGAAAUAAUAAAAAUGGACCCUCCAUCGAUGACGGGGACCUUGCAGUCCACAUCUACAUACUCAGAUAGCUCGAAGACCAGCAGUAGAUCUGGUCAAAGUACUGAAAAAGAAAGAGAUAUGGAUCUUACAAAAGAUAAUGCUGCAUCACCAAUCGACUUGGAAUGCCACAUCCAAUCCGAGCGUAUCACUAAGAUUAUGGACGAUGCUAUCUAUAAAUGCAAGCUGUGCCUUUCUCUACCAGAACUGGUGCAGGAGUACCGGACUCUUUAUAAUUUACUGACGCCUCCUCAUAUGGAUGACCUGACUUUUAUUUUCGAGCAGUAUGACAAUCCAUUGUUCUCUGCUAGUCUUCUAAAUAUGGCUGGUGAUUUGUCGCUGAAGAAUCGUUUGAAUCCAGAGUUGGGACACUUACUCUACAUCAUGAACAGCUAUCCUGAUCUCCGGCCUAUAGUUGAGGAAGUGAUCGACAAGCAAAGAGAAAUUCAAGCCAAUGACAAAACAAAAUUGACGCCUGGUUUUGAGUUUUUGAUGGAACUUGAACAUUUCCGAGAUCUUAUGGUAAGGCAGAUGGAGGCUACGGCGGCAGAGGAACUAUCUGCUAAAAUUAGUACUAAGAAGCUGGAAGCAUCUAAUGAAAGUCUUAUUGCUCAUAUAAAAGAAUAUUCAACCACCUUGAAAGAAGAGACCGAGCGUUUUGAACAGACGAUGGUUAUGAAGGAGGAGAUGAUAACCAAGCUAGAACAUGAACUAGUCAUACUGAGCCACGAUGCUACUGUUAAACUCAAGAAGAAAAUAACUGAGAUUUGCUUUAAUAUUUCUCAUCUGUCUAACCUUAGAUUGGAUUCAGAGCGUCAAAUGGUGCUGGCCACUAGAAGUCAUACAGUUAAAAAUGAAUUGUUGAAGGAAGAAGAGGUGGAAAGUCGAGAAGCGUAUGAGCAGUUGUUAAGGUCGCAUCUUAUCGAGGAGAAAAAUCAAAGGGCUCGACGGUUUAAAGUGGAGACGCAGUUAUUAUCAUGGCUACAGAAGUAUGACCUCGAGAUGAGUGACAAACAGGUGGAACUGGACGAGUUCACGCAGAAAUAUGAAGACGAAGUCGAGAAAUGUCAGGAAUUAGAGAAAAAAUUGGCGGAACAAGACAUCGAGUACAUCCCGCUGAUGGCAGAAAGAGAGGCAGAAUACAACCAGGAGAUGACGGAGAAGAUGAACAAGUUCCUUAUAGACCAUGCUGCAAGGGUCAUUCAACACGCCUGGAGAGAAGUACUGACCAACCGAGCAGAGAAGAAGAAGCUAAAAGGAAAAGCCAAAAAGGGAAAGAAGAAAGCGUAAUAAAGGGAACUUUAUUAUAUUUAAUCCUUAGUCUUUACCUCAUUCAAAAAUUUCCUACAACAUUUCUCCAUAUUUGAUUUCGUAAUGCAAUUUUAGAUUCUACAUGAGAUUUGGACAAACUUGUCGUAUUUCUGGCUCUCUUUAAUAUUUUUUUCCUGACAGUACUCUUAACUUAGAUUUCAUAAUGUCCCGUUACCUCACGUCGACCAACUUUACCUGAAAUCCUUCCAAUCGUAUCCUGACAUCCUGAUUUCCUUCUUCUUACAGCUAAGGAAGGUAAUAAGGAAGUUGCAAGAAGCUCAAGUCCCAACGAACUUAAUCAAGGGAAAACCAAAGAAAUAGUGAUUAGAUUUAUAGAAAUAAUGUUUACCAAAAUUAUGUAUUUAUUUUCAUAUUUAAUUGUUAUACUGUUAUUGUUUAUCUGUUGUGCGAAUAAAAAACUCAGUAAGCAAGGAGUAUAUUUUUAUUUAUAUCCAAAAGCACUUGCUUUAAUUUAGGAAAUAUUUUCUGUUCUUAUUUUAUGGGAGUACAAAAUUGAACCUAAUUUAGAGGUAUGUGCAAGAAGCCCCACGAUUCUGAUUGAUCAAGUUUCAAAAAAUAUAAAAGACAUAGCGUAUCUACAAGAAACUGAUAGAACUCCAUUAGGCUAAAGGCUCACGAAGCGAUUCUCCCGAGCCAAACGCGGUUACGGGCCAGCAUUUUUUU